AUGUGCAUUCUGCUUCUAACGCUCGCUUCUACAUUCUCUGGGUGCCACGGUGGACACAGUAUCACCCCGAACAAGCCCUCGUUGAUCAUGCCUGCCGCCCCCGCUGGAUUGUACGCCUUUCCAUCGUCUCGGCUGCAGCAAUCGACUGAACGGUGUUUAGAAAUCGUCGAGCAACGUGUGCUGCAGGAAAGUAUUACGACAAUGGAUGCCAGACAUGUACAGCUGGAUACUACUGCCCGGGUAAUGACUCGAAGACUCAGUGUCAAGCCGGCUACUACUCGAGCUCUGGUGCCACAUCCUGCUCACCGUGCCCUCGUGGAACAUGGACCGAUCGUAUGUCUUGUCCGCUUGGAUUUACAUCAGCUCAUUGAUGCAGAGACUGGGACACAAAACUCGUCUGGAUGCAAGGCUGUUCAGGGAGGUUACAAGGCCAAUGCCUCUUCUGGCGCAACGGCACAGGUAGCUUGUGGUGUUGGAUACUACUCUCCUGGGAACACGGAUACAUGUACCAUCUGCCCAGCGGGCCACUAUUGCAACGCCCAAACAACGACGACCCCGACUCCCUGUGUCCCUGGAAGAUACGCACCCACGACGGGUUAUGGCCAGGACUGUGAAUGGUGCCCAGCCGGUUACUUCAAUAAUGUUUAUGGCGCUACCAGUUGCUGCAAAUGCUGUUCGGGAUGGUUCAACUCGCAGACAUCACAGACACAUUGUCAAAACUGCCCAGGGCUGGGCUCCUCCAAGCAAGGCUCUCCUCCUGCUUCGACGAGCUCCAAUCAAUGCACAUUCAGUCUGACCGACUAUGUAUCAUCGUGCGACCAGCCGUCGAGUGGAGCAUGUCCGCCUACUCAAGCAACAGCGACAGCUUCAUCCAAGGCAAGAAGAACGAUACGGCAACUUCAUCAAUGUCCACAUCACUCCCAACGUCGCUGUCCAGUGCCGGCUGUCGAUGCCAAGAGGGCCAGUCACGAGAUGGAAGAGGACAUUGCAUCGUAUGGAAUAGAUACCAAGCUAGGUUCCUACGAGUGUAUCGAUAUUGAGACUAACUUGGAGAGCUGUGGUGGUUGUGUUCCACAUGGAGAGACAGAGGGCCCGGACGGUGGCAAGGACUGCACUGCGAUUGAACAUAUGAGCGCUGUCAAAUGUGUAUCUGGCAAAUGCACUGUCGGUACUACUCGGGUCAAGGUCACACGACAUGUACAGCAUGUCCCCUUGGAACUUACUGCGCUUCCUCGGGUUGUACAAGCUGUAAAUCUGUCAGUGCCGGCUACAAAGCCAACAAAUCGGUGGGCGCAACUGACCAGACCGUCUGUCCCAGUGGCACAUAUUCGAGGGGAUCAACAGACACAUGCACGGAUUGUCCCGCUGGAUACUACUGCUCGGGUACUGGAAACACUGGCCCAUCUCGGUGUGGUCCCGGAAAGUACAUGGCGACGUCCAGAUGUGGUAAAAGCGAGUGCGACCCUUGUCCAGCCGGCACAUUUAACAACGUCUAUGGAGCAACAUCGUGCUGCAAAUGUUGCUCAGGAUUCUACGGUAUGGGAGUGGCUUCGAAAUGAAGACUCCUUCAUUGACAAAGAUCAGCAUCCUCAAUCGGAUCUACUUCAUGUACUGCCUGCGCAAUGUCGGGUGGCAAGAAACAGGGUUCACCCGCCGGGGCCACGACGGCAAGCCAAUGUUCGACUGGCUUGA